AUGUCGCUGGCAACUGGAUUCUACAACCUCUUCGUGAGGCGCAACUCGAUCUUUGUUGGAACCAUCUUUGCCGGUGCUUUCGGCUUCGGCAUUGCCUUUGAUACGCUCACCGAAAAGUGGUGGGAUAUGAACAACAAGGGCAGGCAAUGGAAGGACAUUCGCGACAAGAUUCUCGCUAGCAGCGAAGACGAGUAA